GGACAACUAACAGCGCAGUCUCGACUACUCGGUACUGCGUGGUCAAAACCAACACCUGUCGAAUCUCUCUCCUGUUUUUCGUCAUCAGGAACUUGAUCUGCUUUUUCCUUUCCCUUGUCGGGGGCUUUCCCAUUGCUUUGUGGGUUUCUUUUUGCGCAAUAUUCUUCUUAGUUUUUCACUGCUUGCCCUUGUCUUCACCCUCUCCAUACUCCGAUAUUUCGACCGACCACCGGCCGACCGAGACCAUGCAUGUCGCUUCCCUUCUCCUCCUCCCCCUGCUGGUCGCAGCAGACCAGGUGCCCUUGAAAGAAAAGGCCGCAGGCUGGUUCGAUAAGGCCAAGUCCUUCAUCCCCAGCGGCGGCGGCGGCGCAGCACCUGCGGUCUCGGUGCCUGUCCCUCCCAACCCAGUCGAGGCGGGCGCGGCCAAGGUCGCUGAGAACAAGGUCGAGAAGAUCAAUGUCCGCAACUGGCAGCGCAAAUUGUCCCCCAAGCCGGACACCGAGGAGGAAUGGAUGAUAUAUUUGACGGGAGGCAAUAAGACGUGCUUUGGCAGAUGUGGUCCUGUCGAUACCGUGUGGAAUGAAUCCGUCCCCUUGUUGACCGCAUUACCCCAACCGGCGGGCUCCCCUCCGCUCAUCCUGGGUCUGCUCGACUGCGAAAAGGACGAGGUGCUGUGCACGGCGUGGGCGUCGGGCGUGCCUGUCAUCUACCACUUCCUGCUGCCCAAGCAGUCGGAGCAGGGGGCGAAGACGCCGCUCCACAUCAUCCCGCUCAACGUCUCGACCAUCACCGUCUCGGACAUCACCAGCCUGCCUCGCGCCUCCAAGUCGCGGUACCUGGAAUACCCCGAGUACACGGGCCUGCUGCACCCCAUUGACGGGCUGCUCGCCAAGGUCGGCGUGCUCCAGCCCUUUGGGUACUUCAUGUGGGCGCUGGGCACCAUGCCCUCGUGGAUGAUGAUGCUGGGCAUCAGUUUCAUCUCCCGCCAGAUCAUGAGCCGGAGGAUGGGUGCUGGCCGCGGCAUCCCUGCGGCCGGUGACGCCCAGCAGCCCGCCGCUCCCAGGGUUGCGCCGGCGGCUCCUGCCUCGCAGCCCAAGGCUGGCGGCGGUGGGAGUGCGCGCAAGAGGAAGUAAAGGACGGAAAAAGGGGGAGAGCGGUGACUAUGGCGUGGCGGAAAGAUUCUGAAUGAACGAGAAGGAUGAAUGGAUUUAAUGUUGUGGACGUCCUAUAUCGAGUUGGGACAUCAUCGACAUCAUACCACCACCACCAGCUAAAAGUGCCAUUUAUUUGUCUCAUGUUGUUGUCAUCAUCACCUUUCUUGAAUCCAGCAUGGACCUGGCUAGCCCGCUUGACACUGGAUGUAGAAUAGCCCUCCUAAUAUCCGGCACACCAAGAGCUCAUAUCGCAGCUGCGCUAAAAUACUCAUUUCACUUUCUUCAG